AUGAACAGUAAUGUGCCUCGUGCUUUUGGACGGGCUCUUAGAACAGCAGUGCCACCAGCGAGACCUUCACCUGGUUUGAGGCAGGCCAUCAAGCAUGAAAAAAGACUACACAGCAGUGCACGAUUGCCUGCGAUAACAGCUUCACAAGGUCGCCACCGGCCUACGCUCGAUCGCUGUCACCAGAACCGCGUAUCGAACGCAUUGCCGAGUCUUGCCUCAGUGCGAUCGAUCUUCAUUCAAACACAGGAGACGCCCAACGCGGACGCUCUGAAGUUCAUGCCGAACGUGGAAGUACUCCCGCAGGACUUUCCCUCCCCAUUUGUCGAGUAUACCUCACCACGAGCAACCCUCGCUCCUCCGCAUCCCUCACAGCUCGCCUCCCGGCUGCUCAGUGUUGACGGCGUGUCGUCGGUGUUCUAUGGCCCAGAUUUCAUCACUGUCACAAAGGCAGGGGACGUCCACUGGGCUCACAUCAAGCCUGAGGUCUUCAGUCUGAUCACAGAAGCGGUGACGACGGGAGAACCAAUGGUCUCAGCGGCGCAAAGAGGCGACUCUGUUGAUGGCCAAGCUAUUGAAGAAGAUAGCCUGGCGGCCAAUGAUGAUGAUGAUGAGGUGGUCGCCAUGAUCAAAGAGCUGCUAGAAACCAGAAUCCGUCCAUCAAUCCAAGAGGACGGUGGUGACAUUGAUUUCCGUGGCUUUGACGCAGAGACCGGUACAGUCAGUCUCAAGCUGCGAGGAGCAUGUCGAACCUGCGACUCUUCGACCGUGACACUGAAAAACGGCAUCGAGUCCAUGUUGAUGCAUUAUAUUGAGGAAGUGAAAGGAGUCAACCAAGUUCUUGACGAGGAAGAAGAGAUUGCCCUCAAAGAGUUUGAGCGCUUCGAAGAGAAGCUGCGAUUGCAAAAAGGCCCCGACGCGGCACCCUCGACUGUGGGCAAAGGCAGCUUAGACGCCGCCUUGUAA